AUGAGGAUCAUCCAGACGCUUAUUCUAGUCACCUCUGCGGUGCGAGUUUCCUGCCUCGGUGGUCGAUAUUAUCGAGCCAUCCAGGACGCCGUCGAUGAGGAGCUUCUUGCCUUCACGGAGAUGAGCAAUCUCGGAGCAGACCCGUUGCAUCUCUCCGAGACCAGUCUACCAUUUCAGGAUGAGCUCAUAAUAACCGAGUCCACCUGUUGGCACCGACGGUCGUUGUUCACCUGCACCGAAACAACCUUUUUCAAUCGUACCCAGCUGGUUCAUAUUUCGGGCACGACCUUCCACGCCAUUCGCCAUCAAGAUCAAGGAUUUUCGGCUCACUACGAACCUAGCAACGUGCAUAAAGUCCCUUCCAAAAUUGUAUCGAAACAGUCGACGGCGGUGAUGAAAUCGACAACGAGAGGUUGGAAGAUUGGGCUCAAGAUGUCGCACAAUGCAAAGGUUGGUCAGAGCAUUUCACUAACGGGAGAGGGCACGUAUGAACUCCACGAGCAGUCGACUCAGCAGAAGACGGUGACGACCGAGGUCUCGGUCGAACACGCUUGCCCGGAUGGUUACCGCUGCACCAUCGAGACCCUAUCGUUCUAUGCGAGCGUACGAGGUACCUGCCGCGUUCAGCCAACCACACACUGCGCGGACAAGACGAGAGGCGAGCAGGACGCAUGCCUCGGGUUUAAUAAGAUAAACAAAAUAAACCUAGCAUGCUACGACAGCAAUCCUGCCGCCGACGAGCUGACGCAUGGGGCAAGGUCAAACGAGCCGAUUUUCGGUGCCGAUGGAAAGCCUCUCCAGGUACCCGAAUGGGAUGACUGCAGCGAUUGUGAUCAGUUUCAUUCCUUUGCGAGGAGGCAUUGCCACGGAAGAGAUCGCCACCCGGAAGAGCAAUGCGAGAUUUCCGUGCCGGUGGUGAAGGCGAACGGCAUGCCGUACACGCACAUCAUCUUCACCCGCCUUCUCCUUGAAAAGUAUGCGAAGAAGCAUCAGGACAACGGCAAGGACAAGAUGCAUCAGGACAACGGCAAGGACAAGCGAGAGGUCAAAGAAUGGGGGGAGCCUGGAAGGGAUGACAAGAUAUUCGUCCAGGCUUUGCGGAGGGGUGACUUGUGA